AUGCAGGCCUUUGACUUUGUGGCGCCAUUGCUACAGAAGCUGCCUGAGCAAGAAGCCCAGAAGUGUGCCACAGUCGUUGCCAACAUCUGCAAGCCAGAGCAGUGCUGGUUGGAUUUCUUCGUUCCAGAAGCUUCUGAAGCCGGGAUUCUCCAGGAGGAAGGCGAAGAGCAGGAAGAAGCACCAGCUGCCAUACUUGGGGCCAAUAAGUUGAACUCGUUGAAGGCUGAGUUUAACAAGGCAACUGGCACAUUGCUUGAGCUGUUGGUUGACUUGAUGCGAGGUGAAUAUCUGGCAGACUGCCGCACGCUAGCCAAAGAAAAUGUGAAACUGGCACAGGCAGUAUCUGAAGUAGCCGUCCAAGCUGUUCCAGCCGACGACCAGCAAGAUUCAUCAAGUUGUUCCUCCUUAGGCUUUGUGAAGAACCUUUAUUUGGUGGUCCAAGCUUACGACACCAACACAAAGAGUGUCUCACUGGCAGCGCCAUUGCCAACGCCUAGCUUGAUUCAGAGUCUCAACCCCAGCAUUUCUUCAGAACAAGAUGCUGCAGACAGAGCGCGGGCUUGGAAGCAAGUCCAAUCAGAGCGCCGCAAGUUUGUCACUUUCUCUGUGGUUCCAAAGUAUACGAAAGAAGCGCUCAACAGUGCUUUCCGGAACAGUGGAAAGGUUUGGGCACACAAGGGCGAUCUCAACACUUCCCAUCGCCUUAUAGUUGGCUCAGCAGAUUUGGUCACAGAAACAUCUCAGGAGCCUUGGCUCACCCCAUCAGCUCCAGCGGCAGAUGCUUGGAAGGCAGUGGCCGGGUUUUGCGUGGGCCUCGCUGGCAAUACAGAUUUCACCUUCCUUUUCGACGGGCGCAUGAGAGAGAUUCGGCGGAUCCAUGAAGAUGUGGUGCUGACGCAGACCCAGACAGAAGAGCUGUUCGUCAUCUACAGUGGCAGGUGUUUGCCGCGUGCGGGGCGUGUGAGACGAGUGCCCUUGGCAGCCCGAAAGGUGGAAACGUGUGCCUUGCGGUUUCCCGCUCAACGCACAAAGAUCCGAACAACGAAGAAAGAGAACUUUACCUCUUGUGGAGAAGCCACCACCUAUCAAGGGACCUUUUCUGGCGUGACCUUCCGCCCUGUGAGUGAGCUGCCACUCAUCAAUGCGGAUGACAAAAAGAAGAUCUUAGUACCAGCCAACCAAGCUGUCCAAGUGCCAGAGACAUGGAAGGAAUCACAUGCUGAAGACGUGCCAUUGUUUUGGCAAGAGUGUAAGCCGAUUGAAUUAUAUCUGGCGUUGCUGGAUGAAUUCAAGGGUCAGGCAGUCUUGGACCUCACAGCAGGCUCAGGGGCCCUCAUGGAAGCUUGCCUGACCCGCGGAGUGCAAUAUCACGGGAUUUGCCUCAAUCGCGACCACAUGACUUGGCUCCAAGCAGUGGCGGUCCCUGCAUGCGGCCUGAUCUCCAUUGAGGGCUCCACUUUGUUCGGUGAAGAGCUGGCCAAGCUGGUGAAGCAUCAUUUUGCUGACCUACUUCAGCGUCUGGUCCCAACAGAUGACGGUGCAGAAGAGCUACUCGAGCCUGCCAGUGAUGACGACAAGCAAAGCGUUCCAGACCGUGCGGCAACGUCGCGAAGAGUUGCUGUUUCUGAGGGGACAGUGCCCAAAGCUCGCAAUGCUUUUGCACUUUUUAUGAAACAGCACAACACGGCGAAGAAAGGCGCCAGCAAACAAGAAUUCCAACAUGAAAUGCAACGCAUUGCCAAAGCUUGGGCAAAAUUGACACAGUCUGAGAAGAACACCUACAAGGAAAAAAGCAGAUCGGAGUUCACUGCACAAAGAGACGCCAUGAAAAGGCAUGGCUUGCCCACGCGCCGCAUGCAGAAUGAAACCGUGCCAAAGCAGCAGUCACAGCUGUCUCAGCUGUCUCAGCUAUCCACACAACCUGUGGAAGACCAGGACCAGGCGCUCCUCAGAUUUGGGAAGAUCACGGUGAUGCAAGGUGAGCUUCCUGUUGGUGAAGGCUCUUACGGGACUGUGCUGAAAGGCCUCAUGCCCUAUGGCCGCUUCUGCGCUCUGAAGAUCUUCAAGGGCAGCAAAGCUAUGAUCUCCUUGAAGCAAGAGGUUCUGAUUUUCAAUCAAAUCAAAGACAAGCUUCAAGAAGGAAUGCGGCAACUCUUUCCUUCCUUGUUGGAAGUCGAAUGCAAACCGCAGCCGUUCCCCUACUUGGCUUUGGAGUUUGCUGGGUCAAGCGUGUCCCAAGUGCUCAUCCAAAAUGGUGCUUUCACUGGAAGUGCAAUGCAGCGCCUAGCCAUGCAGCUUAGAGCUGCCCUGCAAGCUUUGCACAGCAUCCGCAUACUUCAUUUGGAUCUCAAACCGGCCAACAUUCUGUGGGUCCAGGAGACUUCAUGCAUGAAACUAGCGGAUUUUGGAAUGUCUGAGAUGAUGGGGAUUGAAGCUGCCUCGAUAAGGUUCGAUGGAUAUGUUAGUGCUCCCUAUAGACCACCUGAGCUGUGGAACACAUCUUCCGGAGACAUUUGCAAGCAUCUGCGCCCAUGCGUCGACAUUUGGUCAUUUGGCUGCGUGCUUUUUGAGUGUGCUACAGCAUCCCCUCUUAUGGCACCUCUUCCUCCAGCUCGCAGCUGCAAUCAUAGUGUGAAUGCAUGGUGCCGCUCAUGGGACGGCUUGCGCCAAGCACGGAUGAUGACAGAGCCAGCUGCUCGAAGAUUGCAGGCUCGUAUGUUGAGGUCUGGACCAUGGAGAGAACAUAUUUUAGAAUGUUUAAAUCCUGACCCUGCUUCUCGAAGAUGGAGUGGGCCAACACAUUGA